AUGGUCUUACUGACCACUGCUUCAAGCGCAGGAGUCACGUCUAAAAAGCAAAUCCGGAUAAAGAAAAAAGCGGGUUUGAGAGCGCUCGUUUUGCUUUUUGGUUCAGCGGAAGGCUCGCUUGCAAUCAAGAUUCUGCAAAAGACACUACAACACGCGCUUGCAGACAGAUAA